AUGUCGGUCGAGGUUGCUCUCCACACGCCCCUGGCGGAUGCCCUGAAUGAAGCGAUUCAGGGUAAAAUUGCGGAACUUGGUUGGGCCGGCCCUGGCGAAGGCUCUGCCAUGUCGGAAUACUUCGUCCUGAUGUUAGCCAACGGCAAGACAGAGGCCGAGAUCGCCGCCGAGAUUGCAGGCGACCUCCUCGGGCUUGGCUCCGAAGACCAGACAGCUCCCGCUUUUGCGAACUGGCUAUUCCAACAGAUUGGCUCGAUAAGCGCACAACUGGGCAACCAUACAUCACAACCGGCCGACGCUAUGGAUGGGGUUAAGGAGGAGUCCGUUGAUGGCUCUGGCGAUGCCAACAUGGACACGUCAGAUGCUCUCGCUUCGGGCUUCAUUGCACCCACUGGUCCUAAAGCGAUGCGCAAUGGCGGAGGUGGUGGCAUGCGUGGUGGGGCGCGGGAGAAGCGCAUGAUGGGCCAGAUCAACCGGGCGCUCGACCGCACACCAGAUUCGGUCCUCCACCGCGUACGCAGCCAGUCCGGAAACGAGCGGAUCGGAAGAGGCCCGCCGGCCGGGCCAAGGAUGGGCGUGGGGAGACAACCACGCAACCCCAACGCCCGCGCCAGCAACAUCGCCAACGGGCUCGCUAAUAUGGGCAAUAUGCCACCGAACGCCGUGAUGGGGAUGAACGGGAUACCCGGUGGGAUCGGUCCCAUGGGUGCUCCCGGCUACGGGCAACCGGAUCUCUAUGCCAUUAUGGAACAGCAAAACCACAUGCUCCAGCAGAUGCAGCAACAACUAAUGAUGCAGCAAGCGAAUGGCGCAGGCGGUCGCGGUGGCCGUGGCAAGAAUCAGUUUGACCGGGGUGGGAGAGGGGGUCAGUUUCGACGCGGUGGGCACCAUCAGCAGCAGCACAACGGUCAUGCAGACCACCACAACCAGCAGCAGCAGCAGCAGGGCUCGGAAGCCGGCCAACCGGAUGCUGCCUCCCAAGGCGAUGUCGACAUGACCGGUGCUAAGCGCGAGGCGCCAAACCCGGAUGAUACGGUGUGCCGGUUCAACCUUCGAUGCCAAAACAAGGAUUGCAAGUUUGCGCACCAGUCGCCGGCCGCACCACCAGGGACGGCGAUCGACCUCAAGGACAUCUGCACGUUCGGCGCGGCCUGCAAAAACCGCAAGUGUGUGGGCCGGCACCCGUCGCCGGCAACCAAGAUGGCGCACCAGAGCGAACAGGACUGCAAGUUCUUCCCCAACUGCACAAACCCGCACUGCCCAUUCCGGCACCCGACCAUGCCGGCGUGCCGCAACGGAGGCGAGUGCAAGGUCCCCAACUGCAAGUUCACGCACGUCAAGACGGCCUGCAAGUACCACCCUUGCACCAACCGCAGCUGCCCGUUCAUGCAUGAGGAAGGCCAGCGCGGCACGUUCCAGGACAAGGUGUGGACGUCGGAGGAGGGCUCGAAGGAGCAUGUUAGUGAGCGCAAGUUUGCCGCGGAUGGGCCUGAGGAUAUUGUGCUACCUGGGUCAUCGGAACAGAUGGAGGCUGAGGCUGAGGAUACCGAGGUGAUUGUCUAG